AUGGAGUUCUCUAAAGUUUAUCCGCUGCAAUCGCGCGCCCAAGACGCGUCGGUAAAGCAGCCCAAGGAACUGAUCAGCUACUCGCGCGACAUCGAAGGCAAAUACCGUGUCGACGACUCGCAGCUGAGCUACUUCUAUCUGCCAGAUAGCCAGUUGAAUGUGCCAGGAGGAAUUGAUCUGCAGGCCGGUUUCAAAGACUUCCAUGCCAACGGUGAGGAUUUUGGCGAGUUUACGGGUUUGUUGGCGGCACUUGAGUCCUAUGAGCGCAAAAUAGGCGCCAAAACUCCCGCAAACAUCAUCACCUGGAGAGGUCUCAUGAGGAGCUUGAUGCUGUUGCCCUUUGAUAACAGAGACAAGAUCGUGCUGAAUAUUGUGGUCUUUGAUGGCCAGCUUUUCAUUCAACAGGACUUUCAGAAUGCCAGAGAGGCCGCCGACCUCGAAAAACUGACGCAAUCCGACCUCAACAAACGGCAAAUAUACUCCGGAUACAAGUUUGAGAAGAUCGCGACGCUGUCCAAGCCGUGGGCCCAGUGCUCACGCAAAGAGAUCGAGCAGCGCAACAAGUUGCCGGUGAACAAUAUUGAGCAGUACGCAACGGUGGUAAAGACCUCUUUUGGUAAGACAGGACUGGUCAUGGGGGCAGAGGUGGACUGUGUUUUCGAUUACAAACCAGAGGACGCCGACCCCCUUGCGCACUAUGUCGAGCUCAAGACGUCACGGGUGCUGGAUUCUCCACAGGCGGUGUUUUCGUUUGAGAACAAGCUGCUCAAGUUUUGGGCCCAAUGUUUCCUCGUUGGCAUCCCUAAAAUCAUAUGUGGGUUCAGAGACGAUAACUUAAUUCUGCGCACUGUAGAAGAGUAUAAAACCGAACAGAUUCCUGUGAUGAUCAAAAACAACCCUUUGCCUAACAGGCAUCCGACAAAAAACAAGUUCAUGCAGUCUCUGAAGUUUUUCAACGGUCUUAUCAACUGGAUCAACGAUACGAUUCCCCGCGACGAGACAAAAACGUACCGUUUGGUAUUCGAUCCAGCCGUGAAUCCGAACUAUUUGAACCUGAGCGAAAACAACGCCACUGUGACAAACCAGUUGCUCGACCCCGAGACUGGCAUGAUCUCUAAGGCGUUCAGAGACUGGAGAAACGAACUUAGAUCAAGAUAGAGUGUAUAAUAAUGUCAUAAUCAUCAAGAAUCGGUCCCUUGCUUCAUUUCGUUCAGCUUGGAUGUCAACUCCUCGUUGAGUUCCUUGUUAUCGUCCACCACCUUGGUCACGUACCGGGUCAACAGCUCGUUGAUCUCGUCCACAAUCGCCUCUUCUUGCGUUUUCUCGCCUGAUGGCCUGCUCGAUUGCCGCUUCAGCAGGUCAGUCUGUAUCAAUGCCACCAAUCGGCCUUUGUUCUGAGUAAGAAUGGCUGGAUCCUUUUCCACUUUGAGGUCGAUGAGCUUUUCCAAAAGUUCGUUGAGCUUUGAGUCGUCCGAAGCAACAAAAUUGUCCAGCAGCUGGCGUCGCUUGAAGUCAAAAAGACCUUCUUUCUUAU